AGCAAUGGUUUGGGGCAGGGGCAGGGGCUUGGGGGAGCUGGAGCAGGCAGAGAAAGCACAGCGCUCCCGACCUGCAUGCAGUCUGCUCCGGGCAGCCUCGGGGAGACCGGGGCCUGCGGGAAUGUGCAUGGGAAGCAUCCUGUCCGUGCGGCUGGGCUCGAGAGGGAUUAGCCGCCUGGCAGAGAUGGGGCCUGCAGCCGGGUUUGUAGCUCUGGCCUCUCGGCCCCAUUUGCAGUCCUCGGCUCUGCUGGCUGCCCCCCGCGACAGCCGCUCCCACCUGGGCAGAGGGCAGGGCAGUUCCUGGGGGUCCUGGCCUUGCAAGAGAGCAUGCGGGUCCUUCGGAGCAGCGCCUGGCAAGGCUGGCACAGGGGCAUUGAUGGUGCCGCUCAAAGCAACGAGCAGCCCCAGCUGUGUGCAGCUGCACCAGGAUUGUUCCUGGGGAGGCGGUUGCUGUCUGAAUGGGAUGGGGGGGUCUGAGGCAACUUUAGGAGCUCACUCAGGGCUCGCGUCUUCUCACAGUCCCGGGACCGAGCCGGAGGAGCCGCCAUGAGCCAGCACUGCACCAAGUUCUCCGGUCUCUGGAAGGUGCGGUGCAGUGUGCUGGGCUGGGGAUGAGGGUAGGGGGUGAUGGUGCUGGGGGCCAGCGGAUGCCCAGGCCCCUCCAAGCCCCUCCUGCACUGCCAGGGGUAACGCUGCAUGGGACCACCCCCCAGGGAGCUCCGGCCAGGCCGGCGGGGAUGCAGGGCAAGGGCUUGCGGGGACAGGACGCAAUACCCCUCUCCCUGCUGGCAUGCAGCCGGGGCAGGAGGCUGCACUGCAAGCACUGAGCAUCCGGAGGGGAGGAGAUGCCUUUUCCUGGGUGGGCAUCACGGGGCAAGAGCUGGAGCCCCGCGAGCCCCCGACCCCGCUCUGCUCCCCAGAUCGUGGUGUGGGACGAGAAGAACUUCCAGGGCCGGCGCCACGAGUUCACCUCCGAGUGCUACAACAUCACGGAGCUCAGCUUCGACACCGUGCGCUCCUUCAAGAUCGAGAGCGGCGCGUGGGUGGGCUUCGAGCACGGGGGCUUCCAGGGCCAGCAGUUCGUGCUGGAGCGUGGCGAGUACCCCAGCUGGGAGGCCUGGAGCGGCAGCAACGCCUACCACGUGGAGCGCAUGAACUCCUUCCGGCCCAUCGCCUGCGCUAACCACCGGGACAGCAAGAUCACGAUCUACGAGCGGGAGAACUUCCUGGGCAGGAAAGGGGACCUGAGCGACGACUACCCCUCGCUGCCGGCCAUGGGCUGGAACAGCAAAGAGGUGGGAUCCUUCCGCGUCCACUCCGGCGCCUGGGUCUGCUUCCAGUACCCCGGCUACCGGGGCUUCCAGUACAUCCUGGAGUGCGACUGCCACGGCGGGGACUACAAGCACUUCUGGGAGCUGGGCUCCCAUGCGCAGACCUGCCAGGUGCAGUCCAUUCGGCGGAUCCAGCAGUGAGCGCCGACAACGCGGCCUCCGCUUUUUCUACCUCCUCUUCCCCGGCCCCCCACGCCGUGUGGGGGCCCGUGGGCUUGGGACCUGCCUGCCCCCCGCGGCUGUGCUCGGAGCAAAGCUCAAUAAAGGUGCAUUGGCUUCA